AUGGUAAACGCCCUCCCCGCUCAAUCCCAGAACGGCCAGUACGGCACGAAUAAUUGCGGUACUGGGUCAAGCCAGACUUCGAAAUGUCAAACUGUUUGGAUCAAUGCCGCUGAUGAUUUUUGUCUCUGGGCACCACGUAUGUCUUUUCCUCCCACACCUGGCAACAUUGGCGACACGGAGCAAAUUGAAGUCGCAUGGUGCACCAAGUCUGGACGCGGCACGCGUACCAUCCCCAACGGUGCUUUGAAAGGUGUUCAUUUCGUCAAGACGCCCGAUUACGUUCAGGUCACUGGUGUUGGUGAUUUCACCAAGAUCAACGUACCCAAGGGCGAUUAUGGAGGCGAGUUGGAUAACAGGGGUGCAGAUGGUGCGGGAAAUCCUAUUGGUGGUUUGGUUUACGGCAACUCCUUCGGUGCAGGCCAGCAAUACCACGAAUGGACUUCCUUCAUCUCCGACGGCGAGUUCUGUUUCCGCGCUUGUGUCGGCCCCAAAGCCACGUCCUUGUGUAACCACAUUUACGACGUCAUGGGAUGCUACUGGAACAUGCCCGCAAACUACAACGCAGGGACAUUCGAGAACUGCGUUGGCGAUGAUGCCCUCCCCAUGGGUGUCUACGGCACCAGCACAUGGUACCAGGGCACCAAACCCACACCAGCCGCACACCCCGCGCCCGCCAGCUCAGGUUGCAAGACCCUUCCGACGGUCUCUGUGGCGCCCGCUGUUCGGCGUCGUGAGAAUGGUUUUGAGAGGCGGUAUGAGGACCCGGUUUUCCCUGGUGCUACCCCUGCCCCUUGA